AUGGAGGAGGACUUCGGAAAGCUGUUUCCCCCAGAACAGGAUGUGGAAAACUUGAAGAAAUACUUGGAUCAGGGGGACUUAAAGUUUGAAAAUGAGGAUCUAAAGAGAGAAAGGGAAAAGAUAAAAAGUGAUAAGGUGUUUAUCGACUGUGUUAGAAAUAUAUGGAUGAAUAUAUUAAAUAAGAAAUUAGAUGAUAAAUUUAGCAAAAUUGAAUAUUUUAAAAUAAUGUUAAGAAUAUGUAAAGUGUUAAUACCUCAAUUUGAAAUAAAAGAAGUAGUAAAGAUUGUAAAUGAUGAAUGGAAUAAUGAUUCUAAGGGGAAAAAAUAUUUAAAUUUUUCCUCUUUUUUUAAUGCAUUUUUUGAAUUGUCAGAUAUAUGGACACCAACAAUAAAUGCACAUGAUUAUGCUCAUUUUUUAAAAUCACUAUUUUAUAGAAUUACAUUUAUAGAAAUUAAAAAAAAAAAUGGGGAAAUUGUUAAAAGGAAACCAAUUAUUAUGAUUCAUUUUAAAAGAAAAGACGAAAAAAAAAAAUUAUCUUUAUACAAUGAUGGGACUACAAUAUGUGAUAGUUCUGAUACAAGCAAAAAAGAAGGAACUAAUAAUAAUUUAAUAAAAACUAUUAAGUCUAUAAGGAGGUUAUCAGUAGAAAUGGAACAGCUGAAAAAGCAGUUUACCAAAAAGUUUAGUGAGAGUUAUAAGAUGCAGUCUUCUUUCUUAUAUGAUAUUGAUGAUGAUGAUACUACAGAUCAGAAUAUUUUUGAAAAUCUGUUACAUAAUAAAGAAAACACCUCCUACCUGCAGCGGAACAUUGUACUUAUGGACGUAAAUGAAAUUGCUCCUUUGGAAUAUACAGACUACGAUGAAGAACAAAUUGAAUUUGCUUCCGACCAGCGCACAGGGGGCAGAAAGUCCUUCUUGGGGCGCCCUACGUCAGGGGGGAGAUCGGACCACGGUGAAGGAACAGGAAGCAGAAAGGGAGGAAUAAUCGAGAUGACAAGUAAGAAAGACGAAGGAAAAAAAAAAAUAAAUGUAUCAGGGGAAAGUCCUUGUAGCUCUGUCUUUAAAAGGAAUACGAUCAGCUCUUCAGUGAACAUUUUUAAGGAAAAUAAAUCGAAAAAAUAUUUUGAUCCCAAAAGAAGAAAAACAGAUGCAUCUGUAGUGUAUGAAGAAUCUAAGUUAAAAGGGGCCGAAAGAGCAGAUAGAGAUGUGUCAAGCAAAGUUGAUGAACAAAAUGAAAAAAGAAAAUCUCUAAUAGAUAGUUCGUUACUUAUUGAUGGCAUCAAUUUUUCCGAAUUUACAAAAGAGUGUAAAAUAAUUGUGAACGAUCAAGGGGAUGAUAAGUUGAAAGAAGAUAUGAACAAAGACAUAGUAAAGGAACAGUAUGAUGACUUAUUUGCAUCAGGGAAGAAACCCUUUUUGGAGGUAGACUCGGGCGAGGAUUUCAAUGAAAGUUUUAUGCAAGUGAGAGAGGGGAAAAUGAUAGCAGAGAAGGAGCGGAAGGAGAAGGAGAGGAAGGAGAAGGAGCAGCAGAAAAGAGACAAAAAGAACGAUGAGUAUAGUAGAGAAGAUGCUACUUAUAGUGUUAAUAAAGUUUUAAGUGACGAUAAAAAGAGCAAACAUAGUGAUAAAAUCAAACCUGAAGAAGAAAGUGUAAAGAAUAGGGAAGCAUUUGAAGGCACAAUCACUGUAGUUGACGCAGGGGAGAAACUAAAAGAAGGAAUGAACGAAGAAAUGGAAAAAGAGAUAGAAGUAGAGGGAAGGAAAAAAAAGAAAGAAAAAAAAGAUGCGUUGUCUUCUAAUGACUCAAAUGAUGCAGUAUUGAGUCAAAAGGAGAAGGAAACACCUCCGAAUGAUCAGGAUAAAUCAUUAAAGGAAUUCAAGGAAGAAUUUGAAAAGAUGAAAAAAGGAGCUAAAACGGAAACCUCAAUUUUGAUAGCGGCAUCUGCUUCCGCUGGUGAUGAGGCUUAUAAAGCAGGAACCGCUAGUGGGAAAAAAGGGGGAAGUGCUAGUAUUGUAAAAGAACACAGUCCAUAUGGUUCUGAUGAGGAAUACAUAGAUGCCCUAAAAGACAACUUGAAGGACACAGUAAUACUUUUAGAAAAUGUAGCUGAAGCGGAAAUGGAAGGAAAAGAAAGGAAUAAUAAUAAAAUGAGCAUAGAUGGUCAGGUGAAAACGAGUGGAGUUCUACAAGAAAAUGAACGAAGGAGUAUCUCUCUGGUCGAAGUGGAGAAAGAUGACGAAGGGAAGAAUAAGAAUGACAUGUUCAAAACAAGAGACUACUUAGAAAAGGAAAAAAGAAAGUUAGAAGAGUUAAAACUAAAGGAAAAGAGAAGUUCUAAAAGGGCAGAAGGAAAUGAAGAGAGCAUUGCAGGGGAGCUGAUUGAUGACAACAAAAUAAUUAUGGAUGGUCAGAAUAGAUUAAGUGACGAUAAUAAUAAUAAUAAUGCACUUAAAGAGAGGAAAACCGGAAUAGGUGAAGGAAGUACAAAUGAUGAUUCUUUUAAAAUAAAAGAUAUAUCUUUUAGUAACAAAUUAGAUAAAGAAACGAGGCGAAAAUAUGAAGAAGAAUUGAUACAUGAUGAGUCAAGAAAAAAAUCAAGUGAAUCAGUGGGGGAUGGGGCAGACAAAUUAAUACUGAGUGAACAUGGCGAAAGUGCACAAGGUUUUGGAAUAGCUCAAGGAGCGGAAGAAGAUAAAGAACUGAAUGAGCAGAAAAAAUUAAUGCUUAGUGUUAAAAAACACAUUUCGGAUAAGUAUGAAUUGUACAAAGAAAACUUAAAUAACUUCUUGAAAAAAAUGAAUAGGGAAAAUAUUUUAAAAGAUGAUGAGAAGGAAGAGGGGAAAAAGGAAGGAGACGAUGAUGGGGAUGAUUAUGAUGAUGGGGAUGGUUAUGAUGAUGGGGAUGGUUAUGAUGAUGGGGAUGGUUAUGAUGAUGAAUACAUAUCUGGGGAGGAAUACUCACAAGGAAACACAUUAAAUAAGGGGUUAAGAAGUAAACACUACGAAGUAGAUUUGGCCAACUUGAACACAAAAAAUGAAUUAAUUGAAAACUUAGAAAUAAAAAAGUGUACAGAUGAAUCUUUUUCUUCAGAUAGGACCAGAGAAACUUUUAACGAAAUGACUAAAAUAUUGAAUGACGUGAUUGUUAAGAGUGAGAUAGGUACUUUAGAAAAGAAAUAUGAUAAAACUAUUUCAACACCGAAAGGUAUGGAUGAAAGGACGAGUUUGUUACAGGAACAGAAUACUGAGGGGGAGGUACCAUAUAAUACGAAGGAAGUACAGGAUUUGCUUCUUAACGAGAGGGUAGUAAAGAAUAUUUUAUUUGAUGAGGGGGAAGAAAAAGAAAAUGUUGAGCUUCCCGAUAUUGAAGAGAAGCAAAGGUUAAGGGAGAAAAAAGAAGAACCCACUUCUAAAUAUAGCGAAAGGAAAGAGGAUAAAUAUUUAGUAAGGGAAAAUGAAAAUGAAAGUGGAAUUGAAAUUGGAAUUGGAAUCGGAAGUGUAGUUGGCAGUGGAACUGAAAUUGGGAGUAAUAGGAAGACUACGUUAUUGCAUGAAGGAAGAGAACAUAGUGUGUUACUAAGUGAGGAGGGGAAAAAAGGACAAACACUGGGCGAUCAGACAGGGGGCAAUAAAAUCGGUAAUCAGAAUGAGGUGAAAGAUAUGGAAGAAGUGAAAGAAUCAAAAGAAAUGAGAGAACCAAAAGAUGUGAAAGAAUCAAAAGAUGUGAGAGAAUCAAAAGAAGUGAGAGAAUCAAAAGAUGUGAGAGAAUCAAAAGAAGUGAGAGAAUCAAAAGAUGUGAGAGAAUCAAAAGAUGUGAAAGAAUCAAAAGAUGUGAGAGAAUCAAAAGACGUGAGAGAAUCAAAAGAUGUGAGAGAAUCAAAAGAUGUGAAAGAAUCAAAAGAUGUGAGAGAAUCAAAAGACGUGAGAGAAUCAAAAGAAGUGAGAGAAUCAAAAGAAGUGAGAGAAUCAAAAGAUGUGAAAGAAUCAAAAGAAGUGGGAGAAUCAAAAGAAGUGGGAAAACCAAAAGAAGAGAAAGAAAAAUUGAAUGACCGAAUGGGUCUACAACAUGAAAUGCUAGAGAGAAAUGAUAUGGAGCGUAGGGCCCAUGACAAUGACGAGCUGAAAGGUAAGUUAUACAGUCACAACGAAAUGAAGGAUAUAAUAUAUGGAGUAAAGGAGACAGUAGAAACUUCCUAUAGUGGAAAAGAGGCAGUAGAGAUUUCACAUAACGAGAAUGAAAGAAAAGACAUACCCCAUGAAAGAGUAAUAGCAGUAGGCAUGCCUUAUGAACAGGUUAGGCAGGAGGAGAAACCACACAGGCAAGUAGUAGCAGUAGACAAGCUGUACGAACAGGUCGGCGUUGGAGAGACCUCAGAUUCCCUGGUGGAAGCAGAAGACAUGGCAAGCGGAGAAGAGGACAAACAGAAAAUGUUAUACGAAGAAAGGAUAAAAUAUACAGAAAUGGAAGACAAAAAAGAAAGAGAAAGAAAGAAAUUAAAGUUUUUAUUCGUAGAUGAUGUACAUAAAAUAAGGAGCUUCAUAAAAAUAAAUAAACGAAGUAAAAGAGAGAAUUUUAUAGUAGUAUCAAAUUCUCAUGAGUGUAUUCAUAGCUUAGUAAAAUCAUUAAAAAUUGAAUUUAUUGAACCAUCUGUUGUGUUACGAAGAAAUAUUGAAGUACAACAAGAAUUCUUAUCUCCAUUAGGUAGGCUAAUAAAUAAUGAUUUGAAAAAUGGGAAAAUGGUUGAUUUCCAAAAAAUGAUGGACUUAACACUGGAAUAUAUGAAUACAAUUAUUUCUAAAAAUAAUGGAUAUCUUUUAUAUAUAAAUUAUAAUUUUUUACCCUAUUUAAAAUAUUUCUUGUCAAAAUUGAAAAAAUUAUCUUCUUUAAAUUUUAUUAAUUAUAAGAAUUUUCUCAACAUGAAUUUUUCAAAAAAUAUACUUGAAGAUAAUGAAAUAAAUACUGUCGAUUUUUUACUAGAGGACAAAAACUUUAUUUUGGCAAAUCCAUUUAGGCAUUCCUUUCCCACCUUUUGCGUAGUUCUAAAAAGGCAUGCAAAUUCCCGUUCCGACCAAGAGAAGGAAGCUCGAAUAAAUAGAACCUACGAAAACUUGCUAGGCUUCUUUAAAAAGAAGAACUUGCUACCAAUGAAAAUGGUAAACAUCAAUGGUAAGGAUGUGGAAUUAAACAUUCAGCUACAAAAGGGGGUAAGUACAGGAACUCGAGAAAUAGGAGAAGCAGGUGUAGAAGAGGGGGAAGAUGAAGAUGAAAACGAUAAAGAGGAAGGAACAAAAGAAGGUGAAGAUAAUGAGGAUGGACAAGAAGAUAAUGAGGAUGGACAAGAAGAUAAUGAGGAUGGACAAGAAGAUAAUGAGGAUGGACAAGAAGAUAACGAGGGUGGACAAGAAGAUAACGAGGGUAAAGGCGUAAACAACCAAGAUGGAGAUGAAUACAAUGAUGAGGAAACAAGAGAAAGUUCAAUCAAAGAAAGGGAAAAGAUAAUCGCAAAAAUAUGCGCAGAAAAAAAAGAGGAAAAUGAUGAAGAGAUGGUAAGUGAUGGCGCAAAAGAUGAAUGGGAUGAGUAUUUCGAUGAAGAAUAUUUAAGCGUGGACAGCAUGGAAAGAAAUUACUUUCAGCAGGAAGAAGAGGUAGAGGAAGAUAAAGAAGACGAAGAAGACAAAGAAGAUAAAGAAGACGAGGAAGACGAAGAAGAUGAUGACGACGAGGAAGAAGAAGAUGAUGACGAUGAGGAAGACGAAGAUGAUGACGACAAGGACGAAGACGAAGAUGAUGAUGACAAGGACGAAGACGAAGAUGAUGACGACAAAGACGAAGACGAUUACGACAAGGAUGAAGAACGAAAUAAACAGAAGAGCAAGUUUCUCAAUGCAAAACUGAAUAAACGUAACAAGGGUGGAAACGCAAGGAAGGACAAUGCAGAGGAAUCCACCAUUUGCAGCAUUGUGAAUGUCGACAACAUAAGUGAAAAAUACUUCGAUCUGAUGAACAAGGAAAUAAAUUAUAUUUACAAGUGCGUGAACCCCGAAAAUUACUAUAAGAAUUAUUACGAAGACUUGAGUAGUUACCAUAAUAAUAUGAAAUUAGAAGAGGAAGUUAACGUUCUUCUGUCUCAUUUUAAUCUGUUAUUAAGGAGUACAUAUGGCGAAAGAAAGGAAACACAAUGUGCUAACAGUUCUGUUAAUGUGUAUAAUGUGAGUGAUGAGAUGGAAACGCUGGAAAGGAUGAAAAGCAUGAACUAUGUGCAGGUAUACGGGGAAAGAGAAAUGGUAAACGAGUCUAUCAAAGUGGUUAAACCAAACGAUGAUCCGACAUGGAAUGAAGGAGAAGAGACGAAAAAUGGCUUAAUGGAAACAGAACGAAUGGAGAAAGAGCUAUUACAAAUACUUGAUAAACACUUUCACAUAAAAACAAUACAUAUAGAUGUAAUUAAUAAUCAUUCUGUUCAGAAAAUAUUUUAUAUUAACAUGAUUAAAAAUAAUUAUUCCUAUUAUUUGAAGAAUAACUUUUUCCCUUAUAAAUAUAAGGAAAGGAUGGAAAAAAAAAAAAAAAAAAAAAAAAAAAAAAAUAUAAUAAAAGGGUACAACGAAUUAAUAGUGCACCUAAAAACAAAAUCUACUUCAUGUUCGUCUAAGUUAAUUUUGAAUAGAGAGGACUACACCACGAAUGAUGAGAAAUGCCAUGGGAUGAACUAUGGUCAAGUUAAUGGGUCACUUAACCAUUAUGAACGUCCUGACAUGGUCAGAAAAAAGGAUAAUCUAAAGGAUGAGGAAAUUCAAACGGUAUAUUAUAGACACUGGAACAGUUUUUAUAAGUACUGUCCGGUCUCUUUUAUAAAUGAAAGGAAGUUCAUAAAAGGAAAUAAAAUAUUUACAGCUAUUUAUAAGAAUAAAGUAUAUAUGUUAGAGAGUUAUGAAAAAAUGGUUGAAUUUUUAAAGCACCCCAAAUUUUAUUCUAGUCAUAAAAUAAAAGAGUCUAUAAAUUUCUGUGUCGUUAUUUAUUUUCCAAACGAUGACUUGAAAAAGGAAAUCAUUUACUUUUUACAGUCGUAUGAGAAUGUAAUACACAUAGAUUUGGAAUAUUACUUUAAACACUUAUUUGAGCCAGGUACUAGUACAAAUGAGAGGGAAGAAAUUGUGGACACGUACCUGUUUGAGGUUAAUCGUCUAAUCGAAGGGAAGGCAAUCUCUUCGUUGUUUAUUGUAAGGUAUAUAUGCAUGAGGAUAAACAAAAUUUACUAUUUUAAUGUGUACAUAAUGAGAGAAAUAACAAAAAGCUUGAAUGAAUUGCAAAUGGAGAUUGCUACUUUACUUGAGAAGAAGAAGAAGAAGAAGGUAUAUCUGUUUGGCAGUUUCGAACAAAGAGCAGUAAAACCAGAUGAUGACGAUGAUGAUAAGAACGAUGAUAAGGACCAUGAUAAGGACCAUGAUAAGGAUGGUGAUAAUGACGAUGAUAAGAACGAUGAUAAUGAUGGUGAUAAUGACGAUGAUAAUCAUUUUGGUAAAAACAAAAUUGAAAAAAAAUUAUUUAGACAUGCAAUAAAAAUAAAAUCUUUUUACAAUCUAUUAUUAAUUAAAAGAAAUGAUGAUAAGGAUGGAAAUAUAAAGAGUAUAAUCGAUGAAAUUUUCAGUUGUCAUGAUAUCAGAGACUUAAAUGAAACCAUAAAUAAGUUAAUUUUAUUCAUUGUUGAAUUGUUCGAAUGCGAGAAUGAAAAAUAUGCUUCUGAGAAGGAUAGGAAACAUAUAGAAAGAGAAAACUACGACUUGGGUUUAUCUCAUUCUUAUCAAAACAAUUACUCAAAGGAUGCAAACAAUAAGGAUGGUAGUACCUUUUCUUCAAAGAGAGAUGAGAGUGCUACUUCUAUUUCAAAGGGGAAUUUUAUUAUUAGUGGUAUGCCAAUAAAUAGUAAGAUAUAUACAUAUUUAAAAAAAAUGAAUAUAAAAAUUGAUAGCAUCAUUACGUUUAACAUGAAUACAGAAAGGGAUGAAGCGACAAAAAGAUUCAAAGAUAACAUUCUACACCAGGUUGAACAAAAAAAGGGUUUUCCAAAUAUUUGCUCCAAGUAUAACUCUCUCUAUAUAUACAAUAAAAAUUAUAAAAGAGAAAUGGAAAAGUUGAAGGAGGAAAAUUACAGUAUUCAUGCCAUACAUAUCGAUAAGGGGCAUAACGUUUAUUAUUACUCGAAUGAAAUAAGAAAAUUAAUAAAUCCGUAUAUUCACUUUUAUCUCAAUUAUAAUAGCGUGCUAGAUGAUGAUAACCUAGUUGACAAGUUAAAUAAUGCUUAUGCUAAUGUCUAUUGUCCGUAUAUUUUAAAAAAGCAUAAUUGGCUGUAUAAAUGUAAAUAUAACAUAAAAUUAAUAUAUGAUGAAAAAGUUCAUUUCUUAUCCAAUAUCUAUCAUGCCUUUCUAUUCGCUCAGAAUAGGAAGUUUUACAUGUGCCCAUCCGAAGUUCCACCUUUAAGAAUUUUACUUCUUACUGACAAGGGUUAUAAAUUUAAUGAAGAAAUAGACAGUAUUGCAUGUAAAUUUUUUUUAAAAUGUGUAGACGUAACCGAUGAAUUUUCAGCAAAUUUUAAGUACAUCUGUAUGUACAUAGUGAAAUACGUUUAUGUGUACAAACUGUGCACUAACCAUAGUAAGGAAAAGGAAAAGGAAAAGAAAGAAGAAAAGGAAAAAGAAGAAGAAAAAACAAAUGCUAAAACGAUAGAAAGAACGAUAGCAAAAACGAUAGCAAAAACAAAAGCAAAAGCAAAAAUAUCCUUAAGAAAUAUUGCCAUAAAUACCAUUUCCUUUCUUAAAUUUCAAAAUGAAAUUUACCUCAACAACGAAGAUGUUUCCUUUUUAGAAGAUAAUAUGACUAGUAUAAACACAUCUGAGCAAUGUACUAUUGAAGAGGAGGAGAGAAUAUAUAACAUCUUAUUUUGUUUAAUUAAGCCAUUUAAUGUUAUUUUGAACGUUGUUAAAAUAUUAACAACUCGAUUUAUUCUGCAUGAACAACUACAAAAUUGCUUAAUCAAAUUUACCUGCACAGGCAAGAAUAUUUUUAAUAUAACAACGGAUGAGAAAAUUUUAUCCCAUUUGAAGUCAUUUUUGAAACAAAAAAAGCAGGCUGCUAUCAUAUCCACCCAAAAUGAAGGAGAUAAAAAUAAGGCGAAGGAAAAGUCCCUAAAACAGAAAAAUUGGAGCGAAAACGAUAGCAUUAAGAUAGAGAAGCCUGGCACAUUAGCGUAUGUAAAUAAUGAACAGAAAGGAGAUAACCCAAAAGAUGAUGGACAUAAUUUUAACGAAAAAAAUAAUUCUCAGCAAACUAGGGUUCAUCAAAACGAUGAAGAGAGAGGCAGCGACGACCAAGUGAAAGAGGAGGAAGAAUUUAUCUCUACUGAUGAUACUUCCGACCAUGCGAGCCAGACCUCUGAUAAUUUGGACAGUCGUUUUAGUUAUGAUAAAGACACUAUAUAUAUUAAACAUAUGGAAAAGAUGUUUUUAAAGAAGAAUGAAAAGGCAAUACUUAAUAGUAAGUAUGAAUUUUUAGAGCAAAAUGUGUUGAAUUCUUUUGGGAAAGUUUUAAAAUAUUCUUUUCGUAUACCUGAACAUGUCAUAUAUCUCAAAUAUGGGUCUAAAAAAUUAUGGGCAAAGUCAGAACAUUUUAAGUCAGAAAAGAAACUAACUUUUGACAAAAAAGGAAAAGAACAAAAAUGGAAGGAAGAGACGAAAGAAAAAAAGAUAUUAAAUGAAAAAACAUCAGAGGAGUUAAAAAUAAAAAGAGAAUCUCAACUUCGAAGCAAAGGAGAGAAAAAUAAAUAUCUCGAAGAAGUUAGAAGGGUGUCGAGGAAAAACCAGCGUGUGGUUAACUACUUAAAAAAUAAUACGAAUGUUUGGAAUGUUGAUGUGGGAAGAAUACAUAUCAAGAAUGUGAAGGCAUAUAUAGAAAACAACUUGAAGCAUCUAUUACAAUACAGAAAAAAUUUAUUUCAUCAGUUAAAUAUAAGAAGGAUAGACAAAAUAUGGGCUGAAUUUUUAAAAAAUAAUAAUUAUGCUAAACUUUCAAAUUUUUAUUUUUAUUCUCCUGUUAAUGUUGAUAACAUUGUAGAUAUAGAUACAAAUUUCUUAAUUUUGUAUAAUUCGUUCAUAUUUUAUUUCAGAACAGAAGAAGAAUUAAACCAGUUCACAAAAAAUCCACUUUCCUACUUAAGUCAGAUGAAACCAGAUCCUUCAUUUGUUUUACCAUUCAUUUUUAUUUAUUCAAACGUAAACGUUGACAAUUUGCAUGAGGAGUUAGUAAAGAGCACAAAAUGUAAGGUAAUUCAUCUACAAAAUUUACUAUCGUUUGGUUAUAAAAUAGAUAGAUACAGGAAAGAAAUAGAAAGAAAUAAUUUGAAUGAUACCCUUAUUAUGGAGCUUUUACAUAUAAGACUAAAUCAGUACGACGUCUUGUCACAUGGAUGUAUUAUGUAUAAUAUUCCCUAUAACAAAAAUCAGUUAAAGCACAUUAUUGAGAUGAAAAAGAUACCGCACUUAAUUUUUAUAAUUCAACAGAAGGAUGACGAGAACAAAAAUGAAAAAGGAAAAGAUAUAAUACGAGGAAAUAAAAUGUGCACAGAUGGAAAGGACAUAAAUAAUAACGAACAAAAUAGCUGCAAUUGUAGUACUCGCAUGAGAGAUAUACCAAAUGGGGGAAGUAUAAGUUACCCAUUUCAAAAAGAUCAAACUGUUUAUCAUUUUUUCGAUUUGGUUCACAUCGUUGAGGAAGAAUUUAAAGAAAAAUACAAUAAUAUUAUUUACGUGGAUUAUAAUACAAAUAUAUGGAAAAUGAAAUGUAAAAUAACAAAUGAUAUAGAAGAAAAAAUAAAAGAUUAUCAGAGAUAUAACAGAUAUAAAUAUAAUAACAAGGUUACAUAUUUUAAAGGUUUUAAUAUUUGUGAAAAAGAAAAUUAUGUAAAUGAGAUAAAAUUUAAUGACUAUUGUUUAGUUACUUAUAAGAAAAAUAAUCUUUUACAAAAGUGUAAUAUAUUUGAUAAUUAUACUAUACAUCAUAAUGGCUCCUACUACUUAGUAAAUAGCUAUGAAGAUGUGCUUACAUUUCAAAAGUGUCCUAAGGAAUAUAUAAAUAUAGAAAAUCCUCUUACAAAAUUUGAAAAAAUUAAUGAAAUACAGGAAAAUACGAAAGUAGAAAAUGAAGGCUUUUGUUUGGUUAGCUUAAAAGACGAAAAUAAUUUCGUGAAGGGUGAAAAAAAAUAUUGUCUAAAACAUGACAAUAAAUUUUAUUUGUUUCAAAAUGAGGUCAAAAUGCAAAAUUUUAUAAAUAAUCAUAAGGAGUAUUUAAAUGAUCAAAACAUUUUUGAGAUAAUUAUGGAAAAAAUGAAAAAUAAAAAUGAUAUUACUACACUGAUUUAUUUAAAGACUUAUUUGUAUGAAAUUUUAUGUCAAGCUUUAUACGAGUUGGGAAAGCAUAGGCCACUGUACCCUGGAUUGAGUGUAAAACUAAGUGCAAUAAAAUUCUUAGCCUUCUUUUUUUAUAAGGAAAAUAAAUUAUUUUCUAAUCCACUCAGAAAGUCCUAUGAAUUGAAAUUUCGAUCCUUCCUUAGUGAUUGUGAAAUACCAAUAAAUAUACAAAAAUUGAAAGAAAAAUUUGAAAGCAGUUGUCCAGUUAAACACAAAAACAUAAAAAAACCUACGAAGAAAUGGACUAAAAGGGACAUAGAGAAAUACGAGAGCUACAUAAAUACAUAUGAUAAAAUACUAUAUUCGCAGAAGAAAGUAAAAAACAACUAG